AUGGCGCAGGGGACGCAGGAGGCGCUGUUUGAAGCGAAGGAACUCGACUCGACGAUGGAGGACAUGGCGCUCUGGGUGCACGCGCGCGUGGUGCCGUUGAAGUGGCAGCGCCAAGUCCUAACGCACUUGAAGCCGAUCUACCAGCAGAUGACGUUUUGUCGAGAUGAACUCGUGAGAGGGUGGGGGCUCCUCCAUCCGCCGUUCUACGAGCCGAAUAUCGACUCGUUUGAGCGUCGACUUCGGUUCUUCGAGCGGUCUGUGCAGCUACUAGCGUCGGCAGUCGAGGAGUGCAAGACCAAACUGCUCGAAGCAGAGGCUCUCGCAGCGUGUAGAUAUAUCCAACUGUGGGUGAGACGGCUGCUGGCAAAGCGAGGCUUCUACACGAAGGUGAUCAAGCUCACGUAUCAUCAUCGAGGCUUAAUCUCCGGCAUGUUCGACUCGAUUGUAGGCAACUCCAAGCUGACAGCACGUCGACCAGCUCAGAGCAUCACGCUCGAGUAUCCGCGCUCCGACAAGAACUGGGACAGCUUCAGCUAG